CUUAGCCACAAGUUUGUAUUUUUACAGAGCACUGGGUGAAAAUGGCAAACCAUCUUCGCUUCGUAGCGCGGACCGUGAUGGUUCAGGAUGGAAACGUUGAUGCUGCAUAUAAAGCUCUGAACAGAGUGUUAUCACUGGAUGGAGUCAUUGAGACGGUAAAGCGUGGACGCUACUAUGAGAAGCCGUGCCGGCGCAGGCAGAGGGAGAACUACGAAAACUGCAAGAGAAUCUACAACAUGGAAAUGGCUCGCAAACUCGCCUUCAUCUCCAAGACAAACAGACAAGACCCGUGGCUUGGUUGUUAGUCAACGUGGAGGAUGGCUGCAACUGACUUUUAUGAUGACAAACUCAGUAUAAGGUUAAUGUAUAUGGGGAACAAUCUGCUCUGCCAGGUGGACAAAGCAGACCUGUGGAACGACAUAUGAAUUAUCUGGUCAGCGGCUACAGUUCUUUCACCUGUAAAUGAAAUGUAAAGUUGUUUUUUCACAUUGUUGCUGCAUUGUUUACACUUCCACACUUUUUAAUAUUGAUCAUAUGUGGCUGUAACAUAAUGCCAGCAAAAUAAAAAAACAUGUAUGUUGA